UCGUGACGUCAAGACCGCUCGAUUUGAGAGACGCGCACUGCGGAUGGGCGGAGUCGGCUCGGCACGGAACAUCCUGAAUGAUGUGUUCGAUUGACGCAAACUACGGAUAAACGGAGCAACAACAACAUCGUACAAGAAUGGGACGUGGUGCAGUCGGAUUUGUCUUCACUCACCACCGCCGGUUAUUUUUCAGCGUUCUAUCCCGGGGCGAAUAGCUUUUCCCCGGAGAGGCUAACGACUAGCUCGGCGGCGUGCCGGCGGCGUGCGGGCGGUUGAGCUAGCGUCGGAGCUAGGCUAGGCUAGGCUAGGCUAAGCUAAACAGUUGCUUUUCAGUUUCUAGCGAUUCCACGGAGCUCCCCGUCACCAGCGCUCCCCGGAGACAAUGGUGUACUUGUUGAACCCUCUGGAAAACCUCAGAAGCUACAUCAACAACCGCCCGCCACUGGUCAUCUUUAUGAUCAGCGUCAGCGCAGUGGCCAUAGCUUUCCUCACCGUUGGCUACUUCUUCAAAAUCAAGGAGAUCAAGUCCCCAGAGUUGACGGAGGACUGGAACACGUUCCUGCUGCGCUACAACGAGCUGGACUUCUGCGUGUCGGAGAAUGAGACCAUCAAGCACGGUCUCAACGAGUCGACCACGCCCGAGAGCCUCGCGGCAACCAGCGGGCAGGCACGGCCCAGCACGCCGGUGCCGCUGCUCUCCGAGGACUCGGGCUUCGUCAAUUUCUCGGUGCCCAUCACGCUCACCUUGGACCCCCAGAGGCCCUUCGGCGGCUACUCGCGCAACAUCACCCACCUGUAUGCCACCGUCCUGGGACAGCAGGUCGGCCUGUCUGGCCGAGAAUCCCACGAAGAGAUCAACAUCACGUUCACGCUGCCCGUGUCCUGGAACGCCGACGACUGCAUUCUCCACGGCCAUUGCGAGCAGGUGGUGUUCAGCACGUGCAUGACCAUCACGGCGGCCAGCAACAUCUUUCCGGUCACCGUGCGUCCUCCACACUGCAUGCCCGAGACGUACACCAAUGCCACCUCCUGGUACAAGGUGUUCACCACUGUGCGGGACUCGGACACCAAGUACAGUCAGGACUACAACCCCUUCUGGUGCUACAAGGGCGCCGUGGGCAAGGUGUACCACGCUCUGAGCCCCAAACUCACCGUCAUUGUGCCCGACGAUGACCGCUCCCUCAUCAACCUGCACCUGAUGCACACCAGCUACUUUCUGUUCGUUAUGGUCAUCACCAUGUUCUGCUAUGCCGUCAUCAAGGGCAGGCCCGUAAAACUACGGCAAAGCAGCCCCGAUUUCUUCCCUGAGAAGGUGGCACUGUCAGAAAGCUAAAAGGGUGCGAGAAGAUACGUUAAGGCGGACUCUCAAGGAUGAUUUCGAAACUCCUUGCAAUGAUGUUGGGACGGUCCAACCAAAGAAACAAGUGCCUGUCAUCUGUGGUGUAAAUAAGACAUUGAGGAACCUUUUAUUUUCCUGUGUGUGUGAGAAAGAGAGUGUGUUUGUUAUUUUUGAAUUGCCUCAGAAGUCGUCCGGUGCCAUGUCAGGACAGUGCAGUACAAUGAGCAAGCGGCAUGCCACUUCAAAAAUGUAUUUGUCCGAAUCACACACUUAAAUCUGCAAAGGUAAAAAAAAUAAAUAAAAUAGAAAAGACACAUCUAAACAGGAUGUGACGGAGCACUUUUCCCAAGACGAGGUGAAUUUCUGAAGCCACGGCCUGAUCGUUGCCGUCUGAUUCAUAUUUCGUCAGUUAGCAUGCUAUCGCUACGCGGUCGUCGCCAGUUUUAGCAAGUUCAAGAAAUGGGCCACAGUUUUAGUUGGUGUUUGAUUAGCCACGUUUUGUCCCCCCCCCCCUCGAUCAGACCAAGUAGCAAAACUUCAGUCACUCUUUGAUGAGGUCGUACAGGAAUGCGAAAGUGGCGGGAAAUUUCAUCACAGCAUUAAUGCUACAAGAAGAAUAUCAACCAUCAGAGCCACAGCUAAAUUGUUAGCAUCCCUUUGGAAUAAGUUAUAACGCGGUAACAACGUCAAUUAUUUUUCACGUUCGCCUUAUGAUACUACAUCGAAUGGAAACCCUGGCAAAGCAUCCCCCUGUUUGCGGGUGAUUUCUUGACAUUUCUGACCUCUUAAUGAAUUCGUCCACCACAAAGUAACGCGCUCGCCAACAAACUUGAAUGUUCAUUUGUGACGUCUUGCAUAAGCCAUGAACCAGGAAGUGGCUUGCUCACAAACGGUAACACCAUAACCCAAAUUUUUGACAUCCCAGCUUGGCCGCGAACUCGGAAGUAGCACGCUAACUGAUAAAAACGGCACCAGAUGAAUGCACGUUUGUGACAUUGACAUGAAUAUUGAUGAACAUUUAAGUAGCAUUUGAUGACUUGGACGUUGCAUUUUCUUGGCCGUCUGAAUCAUUAGUUUGCAUUUUACUUUCUGAGUAAUCAUACAAACGCGUGAAUGGUGUUUAUUUUACGGUAACGGUCAAGUAGCAGGCUUACCUACAAGCAAGUUUUUGCGUUAGCUGCGAACCAGGAAGUCGACUUGGCGUUUGUCAGUAUGCUUGCUAUUUUCUGCUUUAUGGCUCCUGUCAGAACUUGGGAAUGCGACGAGCACUUUUCAAGAAAUUGCUUCAAUCUGCAAGGAAAAAUUGCUUGCCCGCGCUUAGCUGAAAUUGGCAGCGCCACCAUGUUUUUGGCCGUCUGUUCGUUGGCAGGCUACUUCCUUGUCAAUGGCCGAGUCAGCAAUGUGUUGCAGAACCUCUUCCAGAGCCCGGGUUGGCCAUUAUAAAAAUAAAUAAAAAAUAAA